AUGGUGGUGGUGGUGGUGAUGGAGUGUAAGGUGUGUUGUCGGUGGUUCGCAAACGGGAAAGCGUUGGGGGGUCACAUGAGGUCCCAUUAUGUGACGUUGCCUCUUCCUUCGAAGACGAAGACGAAGACGAGGAAGCAGGCGCAGAUGAGCAACAAGGAGACGAUGAUGAUUAAGGAUGAUGAGUUAAUGAUGGAUAAGAAGAAGAAGAAGAGGAGGAGGAAUGAGGAUGUGGACGUGGAUUUGGCUUUGACGUUGAUUAUGCUUUCCAGGGAUGUCUGGAAUCGGAGCAACUGCACAACUGCUACUGCCAGUAUUAAUGGAGAUGGAGAUGGAGAUGGGUCUUCUUCUUCUUCUUCUUAUUCUUCUUCUUCUUCUUCUUCUUCUUCUACCUCCAUGACCAUGACCAUGAUCACUUCCAAACCCAAACCUAAAACCCAGCAUGAGUGUGAAUGCGACGUGUGUGGGAAGAGUUUCAAGUCGCCUCAGGGAUUGGGCAGCCAUAGAAAUGCCCAUUUCAAGAAGAUCAAGACCCACCCCUAA